AAGGGGGUGGUACAGUGUUGACGGCGGAGUGGGCGUGGCUCUGCUGCAGUGAGUCUGAGACGUUCUGUGAGUUCGUGUCCGCCUGACUGACCUGUAAAAUGGGGGCCCAAAUUAGCACGGUGGGGAGGAUCCUCGCGUCCCCGUUCUGGUUUUUCUACAGCAUUUUCCGGAGAUUCUUCCAGAAGCCGCUCCCGGCCAUCACCCUCGAGAACCCCGAUAUCAAAUACGCACUGAGGCUGAUCGACAAGGAGGAGAUCAGCCAUGACACCAGGCGGUUCCGAUUUGCUCUGCCGUCCCCUGAGCACAUCCUGGGCCUCCCCAUUGGGCAGCACAUUUACCUGUCGGCCAGAGUGGACGGCAACCUGGUGGUCAGACCCUACACGCCGGUGUCCAGCGAUGACAACAGGGGCUAUGUCGACCUUGUGGUGAAGAUCUACUUCAAAAACAUCCACCCGAAAUUCCCAGAAGGCGGAAAGAUGUCCCAGUAUCUGGACUCCCUGAGGAUCGAUGAAACCAUUGAUUUCAGAGGGCCCAGCGGCCUCCUCACCUACAGUGGCAGAGGUACGUUCCAGAUCCGCCCAGACAAGAAGUCCCCUCCGGUUACAAAGAAGGCCAAGCACCUGGGAAUGAUCGCUGGGGGGACAGGGAUCACCCCGAUGCUGCAGCUCAUUCGAGCAGUCAUGAAGGACAAGGAGGAUAAAACCAUCUGCUACUUGCUCUUUGCCAACCAGACUGAGAGAGAUAUUCUGCUCCGCUCGGAACUGGAGGAGAUCCGCGUCAGCCACCCCUCCCGCUUCAAGCUGUGGUACACUCUGGACCGGGCCCCGGAAGAUUGGGACUACAGCCAGGGCUUCGUUAAUGAAGACAUGAUCAGCUCGUUUAUGCCCCCCCCCGGGGACGAGGUCCUCAUUCUGAUGUGCGGCCCCCCCCCCAUGAUCCAAUACGCCAUCAACCCCAGCCUGGACAAGCUCUCCUACCCCCAGGACAGGAGAUUCGCCUACUAGAGGCUGGCCCCUCCCACCUGCGCUCUGAUUGGCACUUAAAUGGGAUUGGCAGUGGGAGGAGCAACGGUGGAACUGCUGGCUGUGUCGCUUGUUUAGUUUUACUUCCCCUUAGGCCUUGCUGGGCGGGGAGUGGGCGGUCCCGGGAGGGGAGUGGGCCGUCCCGGGAGGCAAAUGGGCCGUCCCGGGCGGGAAAUGGGCCGUCCCGGGCGGGAAAUGGGCCGUCCCGGGCGGGGAGUGGGCGGUUCCGGGAGGGGAGUGGGCCGUCCCGGGAGGGGAGUGGGCCGUCCCGGGCGGGAAAUGGGCCGUCCUGGGCGGGAAAUGGGCCGUCCUAGAAGGUUUCUGAUAGGAUAAUGCCCCCUACAGAUGGAGCCAACCUUAUUGGGGCACUUUGCUCACCUGACUCUGUCCGAGGCGUCAACAAGGUUCCCUCCAUCUGUGGCGUUUCCUAGGCUCCUUCUGAUUGGUUGGAUAUAUCGGGUUGAAGGUCAGGCCCCUUGUGCGGUUCCAAGGGUGCAGGGAGUACCAUGAAGGAAAAGGAUGGUCUGUGCCCCCCCCCAGCCACAGAAUUGGUACAUUCCCUUUCCUCUCCGCAUUGAUUAACUCUUUAGUAUCAUCACAACGAGCCACAGGGCGGAGUUUGCCUUGGGCACAUUCAGGGCCCCGAUUGGCCGAUCCCGUAGCCAUUGAGUCCCAGUAUAAGAGGGCGAUGCAAUUGUAACCACUAGGGGGCCCUAGAGCUGACAGCUAUUGCCUGUAACUGACAGUCCUGGUGUAGGAAGGGAUUAUGGGUAGGGUUACCCCAACCGGGCUGGAGGGGGAGUAAGUUUAUUAGUAUCCCCCCCCCCCCCGGCCGAGAGCAAAUGGAACUGCCCGGCGGAUACGACUUAAUGCUAUUGGUGUAUUUUGCUUUUUCUUGUUGAUAUGUAGGAACCGGUACCGGCGCUGGUUCUGCCCUGUGGGUUUGUAUAUAAAGCAACGGGGAAGGGGGGGAGAAAUGGGAGGUUCUUGUAAGUUCUGCAGUGCAGUUGUUUGAUUGGUUGAACGCAUGCUCCGCCCACAGGAGACGAGCAUUACCUUGUUCCGCCCCUGAGGGUUUUAUUUUGAUCACUGACACCCCUGAUAUUGAAAUGAAGGAGAAGGGGGCAGUUCUUUGGCCGGUGGGAGGCGGCUGAGCCAAUCAAAAGCUCCCAUUUUACAUCUCCGUGGGUCUGUCCGUAUGUAUGAAAAGACAGCGUCCCAUAGGGGGCGGUACCCCGUGUACGUUCUAUAUUUCAUUUAUCCAUGUUGUACGGCUUUUUGCUGCUCGUAAACUGCUUAUUUGUGUCCAGCAGUCCCCGCCCCCGAGGAGCCGAUCAGCAGGCCCCGCCCCCCGAGGAGCCGAUCAGCAGGCCCCGCCCCGGAGGGAUCUCCCCAUAGUUCAGUUUCCUUCCCAGAUGUGAUUGGUUUUACCCCGGAACCCCAACUUCUGCGACUGCUGCUGAUUCCAACUUUGCAAUCAGUUACCCCAGGCCAGAGGUGACCCCCCCCCCCCCAGGGCCCCCCAACAGUGUCUGUUAUAGGGAGGUCCCUUUGUUUUAGUACUGGGGGUCGGGGUACGGGCAUUCAGCCAGAUGCACCUGUGCCCAGAAUCGACCCACCAGUGAUUGGGCACCGAGACCUCUCUAGGCCACACUUCUUUUGGGGUCCUGUUUUUUUUGGGGGGGGGGGGGUCACCAUUACACGCCAUUGGAUUGUAAGCUCCUCUGGGGAGGGGUCUGCUAUAUAUAAAUGAUUUCACAAGAUGCAGCCAUUAUUGGGGUGCCGCACCCUAGAAAAGGGGCCACUGAUGCUUCGGAAGGACCCCCCCCCCCACAUGAAGUGUAUCUGCCCCGCCCACUGGGGGCUCCAGGGAGGGGUUUCUCCGGAUUUGCCAAGUGCCUUUUGUAACCUUAUCUUGUAUUGUGCUUGUGCCCUGCGCCCCGCCCACCUACCCCACCCUGGGCGGGGCCACAUUUACCAAAGAGUCACGUGACUGUAACCCUGACAUAUUAAAUAUGGAUUUGCUUUUGGCACAA